UGGCCAUCCUUUUCCUUCUCCUCCCACACAGCCAAACCAAUAUAAACAUUUCUGUACAGUGAGGAUACUCCCCAACAAUCCUUCCUUGUUACUUAAAAGGGACACAAUCAGGCUGAAAAAGAAAGUGAGAGGAGGAGAGAUGGCACUAACCGACAGCCAAAGUUCAACUUUCCCUGAGAUAGUGGAGCUAAACGUGGGUGGCCAGGUGUAUGUGACCCGACUUGAAACUCUCACUGCGGUCCCCAACUCUCUUUUGUGGACGAAGUUCACUCAGAGCUCCCCGGCCGCUCUGCCGAAAGACAGCAAGGGUCGUUUUUUCUUCGACCGGGACGGCUUUCUCUUCCGGUAUAUUUUGGAUUAUCUUCGGGACACCGAGCUUUCCUUGCCUGAGUUUUUCAAAGAGAGGCGGAGGCUGCAGAAAGAAGCGGACUUCUUCCAGCUGCCGGAGCUGUCGAGGCGUCUGGCGGCAGUCAGCAAAGAGGGCUCGUACACGGAGGACAGCGGGGAGCCGGAGGAGGCUGAGCUCAGCAGCCCGGUCACCUCUUCCUCGGACCGAACCCUGCGCUCUCCUGGUGCCAGUUCCGGCUACAUUACAAUCGGCUACAGAGGCAGCUACACCAUCGGGAGAGACAUCCAGGCGGACGCAAAGUUCCGCAGGGUGGCCAGAAUAACCGUAUGCAGCAAGAUCUCUUUGGCUAAAGAGGUUUUUGGAGAAACCCUGAACGAAAGCCGCGACCCGGACAGACCGCCUGACAAAUACACCUCCAGGUAUUACCUCAAGUAUAACUUUCUGGAGCAGGCGUUUGACCGGCUUGCAGAGGCUGGUUUCCACAUGGUGGCCUGUAACUCCACUGGAACCUGCUCGUACGGCAGUAAUGACCCCGGGGAAGACAAGCUGUGGACCAGCUACACCGAGUAUAUUUUCUCCCGGUGAACUGGCAGGAGUGCAUUCGGUUAUUUUGGGGAGAACAAAAGGCGGUCACAAUAGUUGCAUUUCCAUCCAAAACUGUCAAUUUGUCAACUUAGGUUUCUCUGUUCUCUUUUUUUGUGGCUCUCUGUUCUGUACAGUUGGCUCAGGGUGCAGCUAGAAUGAACUUUCUGCCAUUUUCUUUUCUGGGUGGUUAUUAAGCAAAGACCUAGUGACCUUUCUGGUGGCCCUGGGUUCUGGUUAGGUUAUUUUUAUGUCCCAGUUGGCCUUUCCGAUUUCACAAAGCGUGUAUUCUUAAGUAAAUGUCAUAAAUAGCUCCAUGGGACUGCAGAAAUGUUAAAGGCCAAUUUUAUUUCUGAGCUUUAUUGAGCUUCUUGUUACUGUAUCCAUAGAGAGGCUACUGCUGAACACCUUAACCAUGCACCUCUUCCUGUACUCUUCUUGUAACACUCAUGUCUUUAAUUCUGUGCAUUGACAGUAAAUUCCCUUUAAGAGGCUAUUGUUUUUCCCAGUUUUGUUGAAUUCCAUUGGGUGCAUACAGUACAUAGCAUUGCUGUAUAGUUGACACACUGGGGAUUUGUGUUUUGCUAUAAUGGUUUUUCUGGUCCAUCCAAUAAAGUGUGACAGUGUAACAACAUUUA